AUGUCUCAGUUUGGAGGUGGCAAACCACCAGGUCAAUGGGGCCGCCCGGCUGCACCCGGUGCAGCUGGCCAACUUUCUGGCUUUCCAGCUGUAAAUGUAGGAGGUUUCUCGAUGGUUGGAAUGGGCGUCCCAAUGGGAAUGGUCAAUCAAGCCGCUUUCUCUUCACCAAAUGUUCUUGGAAUGCAAGGAAUUAUGGGAGCUGUUCCACAACAAACUUUGCAACAAACACAGGUAAGAUUUUGCAAAAAUAUAUCUUCCUUGAAUCAAUACUAUUAUUCUACCUAUGAAUUUUUUUAGUUCCAAACCGCGGCAGCUGCAAACAAUCUUCAACAAGCGUCUGGAAAAAAUCAGCGAACUUUUGUCGGUGUCGUCACAAAAAUGUUGGACACUUAUGGUUUUGUCGACGACGAUGUUUUCUUUCAACACAGCGUCAUUCGCGGUGCUCAUCCACGUGUUGGCGACAAAGUUAUGGUCGAAGCGAGUUAUAACCCAGCGAUGCCUUUUAAAUGGAAUGCUUACCGUAUUCAAUUGUUGAAUGCUGCUUCACAAGGGCAACCUGAACCUGCGGCUCGACAACCAGCUCAACAACCACAACAUCAUAAUCAAGGCGGAAGACAGCAAGAGUAAGUUUUUUGUUGAAAUAAAAAUCAUAUUUCAUAUUGUUUUGUUCAGAACUUCUCGAUGGGCCAACAAUUCAAACGAUAGAAAUGGUCGAGAAACUUCACCGCGUGAUCGUGGAAACGCGAAUAGUCGUCGUCAUUCUCCACCUCGUCGACAAUCUCCACCACGUCGCAACAGCAGUCCGAAACGUGAAAGAGUUCGUGAAACUCGUCGAAGUCCUCCGCCACAACGCCGAGCUUCACCGCCACCAAGAAGAGCGUCGCCAGUAAGAGUCGAUCGGAAAAGAGAGCGAAGUCCAAGUGGAAGUGUUGCUCCAUCGGUCAGAAGAGAUAGUGCAAGUCCACCACGACGAAGAGCAAGAAUUAUUCCGAGAUAUGAAUGCAAGAUUCAGAGACCAGCGCUUUUAGGGUAAAUUUGAUAUAUAUCUUGAUUUCACUAAUCAUCCUUCUUUUUCAGCGAAAUAAUCUCUGGUUCAACACUCCGUCAUCGUUAUAACAAAUUAUAUCUUCCAUCAGAUUAUGUUGAUUUGUCAUUCGAUUGGGUUAAAAAUGUACCAUUGGAUCUUGCCUUAGAUCUCAACAAUCAAAUCAAUUUCCACGUUUUCCACAAAGACGUCGAAAAUCCAUUCGGAAACGUUGUUUUGCCAGAAUUCGAACCGGAAGAUGCUGAUCAUCGACAUCAAGUUAAAGUUCUUCUGUUGUCACAUGCUGGAAAAUCAGAGAUUUUGAAAAAAGCUUUUUGCUUGUUACCUGAUGGAAGUACUGAUGAUAAUCAAGAACCACAGUCUUUCUGGAAGAAUUUGCAGUUUUUAGUUGGUUAGUGAAUUUGUGAAGUGGGAAAAUGAGGGGGUUUUGGGGAAAAAACAUUAUUUGAACGUUCACGUUGAAUUAAAUAAAUUUUCCAGGAGUUCGCGGAAAAGAAACAAUGGCAAUCGGUGGAAGUUGGUCACCUUCACUCGACGGACAAGAUCCAACAUCACCAGCAACAAUGAUCAAGACAGCAGUUCGAACAACUCGCGCGUUGACUGGCAUCGAUUUAUCCGAAGUAUCUCAAUGGUAAGUUGUACCAUUUUUGAAUUGCGGUUGUUUUCUCUUUGUCCUCUACAAAUAUAAUCGUCGACGAACCAUCUUCUUUGCUGCAAAACCUCUUUUUUCAUUCAUUCAAUCAAUUCCAUUCAGCCAAUAUUAUUCAUUUUAAAAAACAUUUCUAGGAUUUUCUCAUACAAAGUUUUUCGACUAUAGGUUAUCAUUGGCGCAAAUUCGUUACUACCGUGCCGAUAAACAACGCGUCGAUUUGGUCAAUUUGCUUCUUCCCGACACUCAAUGCUUAUCACCGGCUGAUGCGGAUUGGUCGAAAGUUGAAGAAGCGAUUGGUGCACAGCUCAAAUCAAAAAUUGAGCUUAUCGAUGCGAUGAGGAUUGAAGAAGAGCCCGAACCCGAGCCGGUUAUCGUCGAAACAACUGAAAAACCAACUGAAGAAGCGCCAGUUAAAGAGGAGCCUGAAGUCAAGGAAAGUAUCGUCUCACAUUUUUACUACUUCUUUUUAGCCUAACUUAUCACCCUUUGUGUUUUUUUUUAUUUUCUUCCGCAGCAAACGCUCUAAUCGUCGUGUGUUGUUUUAUAUGUGAUAUGUAUGCAUUUCAAACCUUUUUUGCAUGCUUGACAGGUUGAUUUCGCACAAAAAAUUCAAAAUUAUCAGAUAUUUAAUGAUACUUUUACAGGAUUCUGGAAAUUGUUUUUUUACGAGAUUUAAUAGUUAUUCUUUAGGUAGAGGAACAAUCAAUUGCUGAAGAAGCUAACAAUGUGACUAUGGAAUCGGAAAAUGGAGAUUUAUCGAUUGAUAAUGGUGAAAAUCCAACACCACAAAGUUCGGGACCAACAAAUUGGAGUAAAUUGGACCCAAAAAGCAUGAAGGUUAGUUUUUUUUUUGAAACCUCCUGCAUUUCCAAAUCUUGGAUUUUUCCAGGUCGCUGAACUUCGCACUGAAUUGGAAGUUCGUGGACUCGAAACCAAAGGAAUAAAAACAUUGUUAGUCCAACGUCUUCAAACCGCUUUGGAUAAUGAAAAAGCUGCGGAACCAAAAGAUGUUGAAAUGAAAGAUGAAAGUGAUGUGAAAGUUGAAGGCGCUGAUGAAAAUCCGGCUGCAUUCAUAGCUCCAUCUGUGGAAGAAAGUAAGGCGAAAAAUGAGGCGGAAGCUAAAAAAGAGGCUGAAGAUGCGGAAAAACGGAAGAAGAAAGAAGAGGCUCUUGAAAAAGAGAAAAAGGAGAAGAAGGAAUUGUUGGAGAAACAUUAUCAACUUCCAAAGGAGAAAAGAAUUUGUGUUUAUCCAUCGAAGAAUUAUAAAUCUGGAAAGUUUGAUUGUAAAGUUAUGACAGUUAGCUCGCUUUUGGAUUAUAGAAGUGAUGAUAAUAAGGAAUCGCAAUUUGAAGUUUCAUUAUUUGUUGAAGCGUUCAGAGAGAUGAUUGAAAGAAAUGCUGCAUUCACAAUUUAUGAAACAUUGGCAAAUUGUGGAGAUCGAGAAUUAGAAAAGAAAAGACGAGAAGAAGCGAGAAUCAAGAAAGUUGUUGUUGAAGCGAAACAAGAAGAUGAGACAAUUCCAGCUGAAAAUGAAACAGUCGCAGAAGCUGAAAAGAAGGAAAGUCCGGAAAAGGAGAAAAAGGAGGAAAUUGAGAAAGUCGAAUUGAAAAGUAUUGUUGCUAACAAAACAGUUUAUGAAGCAUUCUCACUUUUCGACAUCAAUCUUUGUGGAUAUUUGUCUGAAAAAGAUGCUGAAGAUAUUUUAUAUAAUGGAGAGUUUGGAAUUUCGCGGGGACAAAUUCAAAAAUUGACGAAGAAGUUGGCUGUUCGAGACAAGAUUAAUUAUCGACAUCUCACUGACACUUUGAGUGAUUUGGAUGGAAAUGUGAGAUAUACACCAGCUGGAGCUGAUGAUGUUGUUGAAACUGAUGAAUUGAUGAGAGGAUAUGGAAAAGCAUUAUUGGCAAAUGAGACAACAAAUGGAAUUGCUGAUAAGAAAACAGCUGCAACUUCAGAAGAUGGUGUUGUUGUAUUCAAUGGAAGUGUUAUUAAUAUUGCGCAGAAGUUGAAAUUGUUGAAACAAGCGGAAAAUGAGAGAGAUGCGGCUAAGUCGACGAUUAAUGAACAGAGUUCUUUGAUUGGUGAGUUUUUUUUGAAGACAAUUUGAGAUUUUCCCUCAUUUUUCAGAACAAUUGCGAGAAGCCAAACAAGACAUUGAAAAGAAGCGAAAGGACAUCGAUUCGCACUAUCAAAAAGCGUCGAAAAAGUUAUCGGAAGUCACUUCUCAAUUGAAAACAACACAAGAUGAUCAUUCGGUGUUGAAGCAAGCGUUGCAAGAUUGCAAACGACAUGCUGAUCGUAUCUUUGGAGUUGUUGAAAAAGCACUCCCGCCACCGCCAAGAAAAGAAGAAAAGAAGGUUGGUUUGGGUUUUUUUGGAAGUUGGGUUCUGAAUUUUUGAGAAAAACUCUUUGAUGUCAAGAAAAAAAAUCAAAUUCACGGUUUUUACCGAAAUGUUUUUCAACCUAAUCAUUUUCUAGGAAAAGGAGAAGACUGAAAAGUCAGAAUCUAAAAAAGAAGAAAAAGCAGCAAAAGAGGAUUCGAAAGAAGAAGACGAAUCAAUUCAAGAAAUUGUUUUGGCUGAAGAAAUUGGAGAAGAAGAUGUUGUUGAACCACAAAUUGUUGAAGAAGAAAAGAAGGAAUAA